AUGAUCCACUUACAAUCGCUGAUAUUUAAGUACAAUCCUACAUUGUUUAAUAAUUGCAUAAACAUUCGUAUUCCUAAUGAAAUAAACAUCUAUUUAGGCCAAAUUUAACUAUUUUAGGAGAGGAAAGUAUAUAGAAUUCAUAACAUAUUGAUUUACCGGAUACUAACAUUUCAUUAUAUGAUGAGUCUCUUUUCAAUACAACAAAAGAUAAUCAAAUUAUUAGAACAUAAUAUCAAAUAGAUGAUUUAUGUAUUUGGCUUGAUCCUUUAGAUGGAAUAUUAGAUUUUGUUAAAGGAGAUUACUACUUUAAUUGGAGUCUCUUAUAAAUAAUAAGCUUUAAUGGGAAUUAUUUCAUAACCUUUUAUUAAAUCAUAAGGUUCUUAAAAUACAUAUGGAUUUAAACCUAAAAUCUAUUUUGGUCAUCAUCCUUAAUAAAAAAUAUUUUAUAUAGACGAUUGUAUAUCAAAUAUUCCAUUUGAACUUAAAAAAGCAUAAUAUGAUCCAUUAAAUGUGAGAUUAUGAACAUAAAGAAAUAGAAUAACUAAUUAAGAAUUAUAAAAAAUUAAAUCAUUAGGUUGUCAAUUAUAUUAAGUAGGAGGAUCAGGAAAAAAAUGUUUAACUGUACUUUAAGGUGAUGCUGAUAUUUUUAUUUAUUUGAGAGUAAGAAUGUGUAGAUGGGAUAUUUGAGCUCCUGAAGCACUUUUUAAGACUUUUGGUGU